AUGUCGCAUUUUUUAAAAGUCUUAAUGGUAAUAUUGGUGUUUGUGAAACAAGAAGCUGAUUUAGCGUUAACUCUUCGAAAGUUUGUUAAUCAGAAGGAUCUUUCGGAAUACUGUCGGAGACGUGUGAUGCCUUCAGUAUUUCUUGGCAGACAUGUGGUAGACGCGUACUCAAAAAUAUUGCAGUUCUCACGAUUGGAACUACCAUACAGUUGCUAUAUUAGUGUCAGAACGGAGUCUGGUAGUAACAUAAUACUGGUAAUCCAGUUGGUGUCCAGCAGAAACCUGGUAGAAUCAUGUCGGGAAAGUAAAAAUCAGCUUCUAGUUUAUGAAUUAGGAGAGACGUUCGGUGGUUAUUGGGGCGCCUUGCCCAAUCGUGUUAUGGAUAUGAGCCCGAAGAAAGAUGAAAUUCAGUAUACAAUAAAAACUACGCAACCUGCGACUACCACGAGAACGAAGGCUAGGACUCGUCGACCACCUACUACUACUACUUCUACAACCGAGUCGGACGUCAGUACGAACUCUGAGGAGCGGCCCGUCGAGUAUUUUGUGGAAAUACCUAUUGUAAACGUGUCUCUUGAAUUGGCGCCCGGACGACUGCCGGACAAAAGCUUGUUCGACAAUGAGGACGUUUUUGAUAAAAUUGUCGAUGUUAAGCCAUGGCCUAAUGAUACUUACAAGACGAAGGUGCUGCCUUUACUGCAAUUCUCGUUAGAAAAUAAGGACAUUGGGGGUGCGCUGCGAUCUACCGUCUCUGUUGAACCAGAAAUUCCGAAGUACCAAGUUCAAUUCAAUCCUGAUAUUUUCACAACAGACUACAGGUCCUUACCUAUGUUUCAAUAUCCUACUUUUGUGUCACCGGCCCAUGAUAUAUUAUUCACAAGCCAUUAUAGUACUUCACAAUUUCUGGGAAAUGCGGAACCAGCUUCUGAGUCCUGGGAUGCAGUUAACGCAAUUUUGAAGAACCUAAAUAGAUCUGAACAUGUUAGUAAUAAACCGAAAAUCGAUGACGUCGCAAGUCUUUUGCAAGGACUUGCGAAAAUUGGACCUAAUAAAACUGGCACACAUCAAGGUUUAGUACCGCACGUGUCGAUUGCUCGACACCCAGUUACCAGCGCUUGGCAUAGCACGAUGGGCUACAAAACGGACUCCAUCACAUGGAGACAACCGUCAGCCACAUACAGGACUAAUUAUUUAGAUGACGAAGAAGAAGAAACAGGAACAACACAAGUUACUAGCAGUACAAUGGAUAACAAAGAUGGCAGCACUGGGUUUCUGUUGCCAAUUUUGGACGCGGACAAUGUUGUUUUAAAUUUUACUCAAUCGGAAAAAAAUGAACCUUCAUCUUUAGAGGAGUCGGCAACGUCAACAAUAGGCCAGCAUGUUACAUCUACAACCCUCGCUACAACCACAAGGUCUACAUUUAGCUCAACACUGACACGGCAGCGUAGGAAACGAUACAUACACGCUAUCGCCAUCAACCAUGUGAAGCCUCAUCACUUACCAGUGCAGCUCGACAUCUCUACCCCGACCCCACCGAGCGACAGAAUAUCAAAUGCGCAGGAGUUUCAGCGAUUUAUAGAACUGCAGGAUGACGAGAUUCACGACCGCGUAGUGAAACGCCACCUACGUCACUAUGUGGGGCCAGUACUAUUCAACAUCUGUGACUUUAAUGAACCAGCUGCAAGACACAUCUACAUGUUCAACUCAUCCAGACUUGUUCUCGCUAUUUCCAAUUUUACUCUGGAGAGUAUGACAGUGGUGAUAACGCCGGCGCGUACUCUGCUGUCCAGCGACGCGCACUGUCCGUCGGCGAACCUCGAGUGCCAGGUGUCCGGCGCACGCGUUUGUAUCGACUCACUCAGCGCUUGUGACGGGGUACCCAACUGUGGUUCUUAUGGAAAAGAAGAAGAGGAAAUGCAAAGCCUUGAUUUUGACUCGACCAUCGUUGUGACAGGGAGCGUUGCUUCAAUUAAUACGGACAUAAGUGAGAAAAAACUUGAACAUGCAAAUGUCCAAAAGAAAUUAAGAUUUGAUGAAGAAAUUAAGGCGGUAUCACAUUCUGAUAAUGAUAAUGUAGAGGAGGUACAUGGGCGUCCACGGUGGAGCGUGAUGUAUGGGACUGAGAAAAAUGUGCACUUAGAGCAGUUAGGCUCCGCUAAUCGUGUCGAUGAGCCAAGUACCAGCACAAAUAAGAAAGGACACUUUUGGGGCAGCAGUAAAAGCAAGCCUAAAAAGCAACCUAAGAAAAAGACACAAUUACUACCUACGUUAAAGUUUUAA